AAAAAUUUUGGAAGAAAAAAAAUGAAUAAUAAAUAGGUGGAAAUAUUUGGAAGGGAAGCGGGGUAAUUCCAGUCUGUAGUUAUGUCAAAAUAUUAAAGUUGUGUUAAGAUCAACUGUUCUAGAUUUCUUCGCCAAAUUACGUUUUAUUCAGUCACAGGUUUUAAAAAUGUGCAAAUGUUGUUAUUCACCGGAAAUUAGCCGGUGUCAGCUGAUUUAGUUCCGUUAUAAAUAGGUGUCCACUAUACCGUCAUUACAUCAGAAGAGGAGGAAAAGAAACCAUUGAAGAAGUUAAAUUAGGGAUUAUGCAGGCUAAGGCCGCCCUUUCAGAUGUGAUCAAACGUAUAAUGUGAAAUAAACGGAUAUUAAUUAGUGUGAGGACAAAUGGCUUCAACAUAGAGAGACAACUGGCAAAACGAAAGGAAGAAGAAGCCAGUGUAGACGGAGAUGGAAGACACUCGGUGGCAUUACCGGCUGGUUAAAGAAAGAUCACACGUGUCUGUGGAGUGCUCAGCCACUUGCACGUUAAUUUCACGAGCAGGCUGUUCCAUUGAUCGGAUCAACUGGAACCCUCGACGUCGUAAGCGACGGAGUGCCAAUGACAACAACAAAGAAAGAUCGACUCUAUAAUUUGUUAAGAUGUGUGGGAGACAGAAGACGAAAAUGUAUGAUAGCCGAAGCCUGUCCGCAUGGUACACAAUAGAAGAACAUUAAUCAAACGUAGAUAAUUUCUACCUUAAUUAAACUAACUGUUCUCCUUUUCCGGAGGUAAAGACAGCUAUUCCAAUUGCUAAGCAACUAACAGGAAGUAGUCGUAAACAAACUUGUCAUUCAAACCGCGAACUCUCAAUAAACAAAUUUGACACCAAUGACAAAUUGAGAAGAAAAAAUAAUAAACAAAUGGAGAUUUUAGGAGUGGAAAAUUAUAUUCGAAAUGCUUAUAAGAUAAAAGAUACCUCAUUGAACUUGAGCCAUCGUUGUCUAACUGUGAUACCAUCGAAACUGAUUGAUUUGAAAUGGAUUCAUAAAUUAAUGCUUAAUAAUAAUAAUCUGCUUUUACCCCCAGAAGUCAGUGAAUUAGUUGAGUUGGAAGAACUUACAUUGGACCAUAACAUGCUUACUCUUCUACCGAACGAAAUAGAGAAAUUACAAAAUCUGAAAAGACUCAUUUGCUGUCACAACCCACUUGGAACAGUCAUGCCAGAAAUUGGUUACCUGCAUCAGCUGCAAGAACUUUGGUUGAACGCUUGUCAGCUCAUGUUUUUACCGAAGGAAAUUGGCAACUUGAAAAACUUGUGUAAAUUCAGUGCAAAAAUCAAUAAGUUGAAUUCCAUACCAGAUACUAUUGGUGGACUUACUAAACUUCAUUGGAUUAACUUGUCCAGUAAUUUAGUCUCAGACCUUCCUGAAAGUUUUGGCAAUCUUCGCUCGCUCAACCAUGUCAACUUGAGUUGUAAUAAGUUUAAGACGCUUCCACAGUGUUUUCUUAGUUUACCACAAAUUAUGAUGUUGGACUUGAGGGAAAAUGAAAUAGCUGACAUCCCUGACGACUUCCUGACAGCGUUUCCUAACUUGAAUCGACUUGACUUGAGGGAGAACCUAAUUCAGAAAGCACCACAGUCAUGGCAGAAUGUUGGUUAUAUCUUAACUGGGAAAUGUGAAGACGAUGUUAUUUUGGUUGAUCCAAACUACUUCAAAAUAAGGAAGCAUAAAACACACUGUAGUCAGAGAGAACACAGCUGCUCCAAAACCAACAUUUGUGAAGAGAUUACUAAUCAGACCGAAAGAAACAAGACCAUUUCUACCAGGGACAAAGAUGCUGCCUAAACCAAGGCCAUUAAGGAUGUGAUUACAGAGAAUGGGGGUCAUAUCUCAGCUGUCAGGGUUAAACAAGACUUUGCCAGAAGCGACUGGGAUGUAAAUAACAGCAGUGUUAGGCAAAAAGGAAGUAUUGUCCAGGUUGAAGCUACCAAUGUAAGGACUAUGGAAGACACAAAAGGUUUGACCUCUUUGAGCAAUGUUAAAGAAAACUUGGUUGUCCAAGAUGAAUCAGUCAGAAUUGAAAUGGGAGAAAAUAAAAUGAAUUGUAUACAUAUUCUACAAAAUUCUGAAUAUAAACCUCCUUAGAUUUGUUUGAGUAACAAGCAUUUUUAUUUACCUUAAUAAAAAUACAGAAUUUAUUCCCAAAGUUGCUUUCAUAAAUCCCUGUAACCUUGUCGAGCCAUCGAGACACCCACGAAGAAUUUUUUCUUUGUGGCAUAGGUUUCCUAAACUGGAUGAGAAGACUUGGAAUUAGCACAGAAAUUUAACAAAAAUAAAAGACAAUUUUGUAUGGUGUUGUCUCUGUAGCUGUAAACCUAUAAACACACUGUGGUGCCUGCUAACAGCUUGGUGGACUGAGCUGCUGAAAGUUAAGUGUAUUAUCAAGGACAUAACACUGGACAAUGACAAGAUGCAAAUUGCAGCUGCCUUGACUAUUUGCUUCUUCAUUAUAAACUCAACAUUCCACUCUCUCAUAUGUAUUUAUAUAAAUUCUUACAAAAGUUC